AUGGGGUAUACCAUCCUGAUGCAAUGGACGCCCGCGGCACCAGCGCGCAUGAGCACGUCUGAGCUGGUGCUAAACCGCGUGCUUGAACACUACAAUAUAACCCACCCCCUCCGCUCCUCGAUCCAGAUCCGGACGUACCGCGCCGCCUUCCCCGACGGCGAGGGGUCGACGACCCGCAUCCUCUCCACCGUGACCUACUCCCAACCCAUCCCACCGGUACGCGAUGUGUCCAUGCCAGCGGGAGCGCGGGAUGACUGCACGUACCUCUUCCUCGAGGACCGAGGGGUGAAGCCCGCAGCGGCAGCGAGUGAGAAGAAGGGAGAGGGGGGGAAGGAGGACAAGAAGGAGGAGGAGGGAGAGAACAAGAAGGAUGGGGAGGACAAGAAGGAGAACACCGACGUCGAGAUGAAGGGGGACAAGGAGGACAAGAAAGAGACGAAGGACGAGCCGGUCGAGAUUAAGGACGAUUUGGAAGAGGACGGGUUCGAGAUUAUCGAGGCGCCCAAAGACGCUCCUGCCCCGGUCCCCGCCGUAGCGCCGGCGCCAACAGAACCCGCCGCUCCACCCCGCCAGAAGCAGCGGUUCAAGACACUCGCCGUCAAGCCUGCAACGUCUGUCAUGCCGACGCUGCACAACCUCCUCUCACCCUUCGUCCUCGGCUUGACGAAGCAGGGACGUGCGGGCGCGAGCACCACGGGCCAGGCGGCCCAGCCUUCCCGUCUCGCAGGCAGCUCACUGGCCAUUACCACCCUCACCUUCCCUCCACCCAGCCAUCCGCAGCCUCCGCUUGCACUGAGCGUACACGUCCUCCCAAACUCUGCCUCCACGAUCUUUCUGGAGGCCGAGUGGGAAGGUGCGAACCCGAGCGACGCGAAUAGAGCUGUCCUGGAGGAGUUCCUCCGCGGAUGCGUGCCAGACGGCGUGCAAGGAACGGGGAAGGUGUUAACGUGGGAGGGAACCGAAGGAGAAGGGUGGACGGGCCUGGAGAAGACGCGACGCAUGACGACAGUCCUCUGCCGUGCGCUGCGAGAGAGCAACCUGAUCUAG